AUGGAUCCGACUGCCGGUCCUAGCAGCGAGCCUGCAACCCAGCCCCACAUCGGCCAUGUCGCCGUGAAGAUUCCGCCUUUCUGGCACGCGAAUCCCGCCGUGUGGUUUUCGCAGGUAGAAUGUCACUUUCGUCUUGCUAAUAUUACGUCUCAAGCCACCCGCUAUUUCCACGUCGCUUCGGCUUUACCUUCGGACGUGGCCGGCGACGUGGCUGACAUUCUCUGCGCCCCUUUAUCAACAACGCCGUACGAAGACCUCAAGGCCGCGAUCAGCGCGAGGACAACACUUUCCGAGCGAAAGCGACUCCAGCAGCUGUUGUCCGCCGAGGACCUUGGCGAUCGCACUCCGUCUCAACUUUUGCGACACAUGCGGACCCUUCUCGGAUCCCGCGCUACCACGAUGGACGAGCCUUUGCUGAAGGAGCUUUUUCUUCAGCGUCUCCCUCCUACCGUGCAAAUGCUCCUGGCCACAUCAACAACCCUACCGAUCGCAGACUUGGCCGACCAUGCUGACAGAAUACUUGAGGUCGCGCCAGCGACGAUUGCCACCGUUCAGACUCCAGAAUCACCUAUCCCUGGCACUCCGUCCCGUUCUCUCCAGGACGGUCUGGCAGAACUUACAGACGAUACCGUUCCCUCUCCCAUCAUCUCAUCACUUCAAUCCCCUUUCGCUGAGGUGGUGCAUGAAUUCCCAUCGCUCACGAAGCCACCAGACUGGACGAAGCCGGUGGGACAUGAUGUCGUUCAUCAUAUUGAGACGAAGGGUGCCCCAGUUCACUUUCGACCACGCCGUCUCGCCCCUGAAAAGCUGCGGAUCGCUCAAGGCGAAUUUCAACAUAUGCUUGACAUCGGCAUCGCGCGUCCGUCAAACAGUGAUUGGGCGACUCCGCUUCACAUGGUUCCAAAAAAAACUGGUGAUUGGCGGCUUUGUGGGGAUUUUCGAGCACUCAACUCCAUCACGAAGCCAGACAGAUACCCUCUGCCCAACAUUCAGGACUUCACCAUAAAUUUGGCCGGCACCAGAUACUUCAGCAAAAUAGAUCAGGUGAAAGCGUAUCAUCAGAUUCCGAUGGCACCAGACGACAUUCACAAAACAGCGAUUACGACGCCAUUCGGAUUAUUUGAAUUCUUGCGCAUGCCGUUCGGCCUAAAGAACGCAGCCCAAACCUUUCAGCGCUUCAUCGACACCAUCCUACGAGGGCUCCCUUUCGCUUUUGCGUAUAUCGACGACAUACUUAUCGCCAGCGCUACAGAACAGCAACACUUAGACCACCUUCGGCAAGUUCUCUCUCGUCUGCAGGAACACGGAAUCGUGAUAAACGUCCAGAAAUCCGAAUUCGGCAAAUCGUCUCUUGAGUUCCUCGGUCACACCAUCACAUCGGACGGCAUUGUUCCUCUUCCCAGCAAGGUCCGGGCCAUCCGGGAGUUCCCUCGCCCCACCUCCAGCAGGCAACUGCGACGUUUCCUCGGGCUUCUGAAUUUCUAUCGUCGUUUUGUUCCAGGCUGCGCGGCGCUUGUGCGGCCACUCGAGAAUUUACUGAGCUCGUCCCGCUCGCCAGCAGCGCUCUUGCCCUGGUCAGAAGACGCGGCAGAAGCCUUCGACUCUGUCAAAGAAGCACUCGCGAGCGCCACCAUGCUCAGCCACCCAAUUCACGAUGCACCAACUUCCCCUCUUGUCGACGCUUCCGACAAUGCACUCGGAGCGGCUCUUCAACAGGAAAUCGGCGGCAUGCGUUUUCCACUCGCUUUUUUCUCACGGAAACUUUCCGAGACCGAGUCAAAGUACAGCGCUUUCGGGAAAGAACUCCUCGCCGCUUACUCCGCCGUCCAACACUUCAGGCAUUUCUUGGAAGAUAUCAUUGCCCUUGAACAGUCACGCGACCCUGAGAUCGCUCACCUCCGAACACAGCGUUCCACCAGCCUCAAGCUUCAGGACGUGCUUUUCCCGGGCCAUAGCGCACCCAUUCUUUGCGACAACACCUGCGCUGAUCCCCGUCCUGUCAUACCAGCGACUUUACGGAAAUCUGUCUUUGACAGUAUUCACGGGCUUGCCCACCCAGGAACGCGUGCUUCCAUCAAACUUGUCCUCCAACGCUUCGUGUGGCCCGGAGCACGUCAGGAUAUUCGCCGCUGGGUACGCUCUUGCGUUCCGUGUCAGCUCUCCAAAUGCCAUCGGCACACGGUUUCCCCUUUCGCAGCGUUCCUGCCUCCUACGGACCGCUUCACAAAGGUGCAUAUUGACCUGGUCGGUCCAUUACCACCAUCCAAAGGAAACCGCUACAUACUCACCUGCGUUGACCGGUUCACGCGGUGGCCAGAGGCAACUCCUAUUCCCGACGCUACUGCUGCCACCGUCGCUACGGCAUUUUUGGCAACUUGGGUCGCCCGUUUUGGCGUUCCGGAGGAAGUCGUAACGGAUCGGGGCCCGCAGUUUGAGAGCGCCCUGUUCCACGCUUUUACCCGCGCCCUCGGAACUGAAAGGCUUCGAGCUUCCGCGUACCACCCCGCCUGCAAUGCGCUAGUCGAGCGUUUUCACCGCCACAUGAAACAAGCUAUCAUGGCGCAAAACUGCCGAGAUCACUGGACCGAAACCCUUCCGUUGGUCCCUUUGGGUAUCCGAUCUGCCCUCAAGUCCGACUUGGGUUGCUCUUCCGCGGAACUCGUCUACGGAGCCCCGCUGCGGGUGCCUGCGGACGUUUUUAACCCGCCUCCCCAGCCUGUUCACCCUUCAACUUUCGUCGCCCAACUCCGGAACGCCUUCGCAACCCUCCAGUUUACUCCAACUCGUGCCUCAUCCGUGGCGCCACCUUUCAUUCCCACCGACCUGCAGUCCACGACCCACGUAUUUUUGCGCACCGACCGCCUUCGUCGCGCCCUCGAACCUCCUUACUCCGGCCCUUACAAGGUACUGCUACGCGCUUCUAAAACCUUCCUCCUCGACGUCCGCGGCCGGCCCGAAAGUGUGUCGAUUGAUCGGCUGAAGCCCGCAUUCCUCGACAAUAUUGCCCCGGCCCACAAUCCUGACUCAUCUCUACCACAGGACGUCGUCACGCCACCCACGCCUCCAAGACGUGUCACUUGGGCUCCGACUACUCUUGCUCCAACUUUCCUCCGGAACUCUGGAAGGGGGGCAUAUGUAGUGCGACGACAACGACACUACAAUCCGCCCACGCCACGCGCUCUUGCCUCACGCAGGAAUUAA